UGCAGUGCGACCACUUCCCACCAAUCAAUAUCUGCUGCAUCUCAUGUUACCGCAAUGCAGCCGUAGGGAAUGAUGAGAAUGCGAAGACUCAGGAUCCAGGCUGCAUAUACAACCUGUCGUCAAGACCCAUCUCGAUUGCUCCCGUUGUCGCCAAACACCCCCAAUUCGACGACACAACAUCAAUCUGAGCCUUUUACUAUCUUGCACCAUGAAGUUCUCCGCCAGCCUCCUUGCGAGCCUCUGUCUCUGCCUUCAAGUCGCCAGCGCGGCCACUGCUGCUGCCCCCGCAGCCGAGCUGGACCGCAACGACCCCGUCUACCGCGCCAAGCUGGUCGAGGAAUGCGGUGACCUCGGUGUCAUGGAUGUCCCCGCUGGCGUUCCUGAGAGGAAGGUGCGCCACUGUAGGGACCACCCCCUGAGUCGCGACCCCGACUUCGCACCCGACUUCUCAGCUGGUGCCGUUGCUCCUGCUCGUCGUAAGGCGAACUAGAAGCACGUGAUUGCUACUACGGAAGUGAGCAGUACGGAUGCACCGAUAAUUCCUGCUGGAGAGUCUGUGGGUCACGUGGUAGUUGGUGCUGGUUGACCGUAGACGUCCCUAGCGGAUCAUGGCUGAAGUGCUCGACGAACGAGCAGUGUAGGUGGGAAUUCGGCGUAUGCUCGUGAGGUGCCUGUAAAGGAUGUAGCUGCAGUUGUUAAUCCAAUGGUCUUUCUCGUCAGUCCUCUGAAGAUAUUGUGAUCAACUCUCAUAUGUAGGAGAGCAGAACAUCCAAUCUUUUCAGCAGCGGGGACAGCGAUACCCUUUUCGAUCGAAC